CAUAUGACUUAACAACAUUUCUGCUGUGUCAACUCGGCGAAAAAGCAGUUUUAGAAAUUGUGUUAUUAUAUCAAAGAAUUUACAAAAGUAAAACAUUAACUCAACUCUUUAAAUACGUUUCUGUGAUAUUAGAACCUAUAUCAUAUUAUAACCAACAUGCCGCAAUACAAAAUAAAAGUAAAAUGGGGAAAGGAAUCAUAUCCAGAUAUUGAGGUUAAUACAGAAGAACCCCCUCUUUUAUUUAAGGCACAGUUGUUUGCUUUGACUGGAGUUCAACCAGAAAGGCAGAAAGUUAUGAUUAAAGGAGUUACUCUUAAAGAUAGCGACUGGAAUAACUUUAAAUUGAAGGAUGGAGUGACUAUUUUGUUAAUGGGCAGCAAAGAAGAAGAUGUGCCUAAAGAACCUGUUGAAAAAACUGUAUUUAUGGAAGACAUGAAUGAAAGUGAACUUGCUACAGCUCUUGAUUUGCCAGCAGGUUUAACUAACUUAGGAAAUACUUGUUACAUGAAUGCAACUGUACAAUGUUUAAAAGUGGUUCCUGAGUUAAGAGAAGCUCUUCAGAGUUAUCAAGAAGCUAUCAAGUUAACUGGUAGUAAUGUUGUACCAGCUCAGUCAAUAACAGCAGCACUUAGAGAUCUUUAUACCAACAUGGACAAAGGAAAUACAGUUCCUCCUAUUCUCUUACUUCAGGUUCUACAUAUGGCAUUCCCUAGAUUUGCAGAAAAGAAUGAGCAUGGGACAUUGUCUCAACAGGACGCCAAUGAAUGCUGGACUGAAAUGGUUAGGAUGUUACAACAAAAAUUACCAGCCAGGAAGAAUGGUGGGGCUUCUGCAGAACAAUUUAAAUCAUUUAUAGAUCAAUUCUUUGGAGGUACCUUUGAUGUUGAACUGAAGUGUGUAGAAGCUGAAGAUGAGCCAGUGUCAAAAAGCAAGGAACAAUUCCUGCAGCUUAGUUGUUUUAUAUCGCAAGAUGUUAGAUAUAUGCAUUCUGGUUUAAAAAAUAAAUUACAAGAACAAAUUACGAAAAAUUCGUCGAUGUUGGAUAGGGACGCUGUUUACACAAAAACUUCAAAAAUUAGUAGGUUGCCUGCAUACUUAACAGUACAGUUUGUUAGGUUCUACUACAAGGAAAAAGAAUCGAUCAAUGCAAAAAUUUUGAAAGAUGUUAAAUUUCCUUUAGAUUUCGAUGCAUAUGACCUAUGUUCACCUCAGUUGCAAGAAAAACUAGCACCCAUGAGAGCCAAAUUCAAGGAAUUUGAAGAUGCUCAAGUAGAACGAGCAUCAAAAGAAAAAGAUAAAGCUGUUCAAGGCGAUAGUAAGGAAGUGAAGAAAUAUGCUCCUUAUUCUUUUGAGGAUGAUUUAGGAAGUAAUAAUAGUGGUUACUACACCUUGCAAGCGGUGCUUACUCAUAGAGGAAGAUCUUCGUCUAGUGGCCAUUAUGUAGGUUGGGUUAGACAGUCGGGAGAUAAAUGGAUAAUGUGUGACGACGAUAACGUCUCUCCUGUUACUACAGAAGAUAUCUUAAAACUGUCUGGAGGAGGUGAUUGGCAUUGUGCUUAUGUACUUCUUUAUGGCCCAAGAUUGUUGGAAAUCAGUUCUACAGAUGAAAAAAUGGUUACAGAAUAAUCAAACAGAAUUAAUGAGACUUCGAUGCUUUAAUUAUUUUUACCUUUGUAUUCGUUUUCGAGCAAAAACCUGACUCGACUUUUAUAAAUAAAUAAAACAAAUUUUUCUUCUU